GAUAAUUAAUUUCUCUUUACUAAAACAGAAGAUAAACAAUAUCUUGCAUGAAAUAAAAACGCAAUUUUUUUAUUCGAAACCAAUAAAUUCCAUAUAAGUACGUGUUAAACCUCCAAAUCAAGAGGUUUUCAGAUUUUUCUGCCAGCUAACUCUAUACACAGGUGUCGACGGUGAGAAGAAUGGCGAGGGAACCGGACGAGGAGCUGAGGAAGGCUUUUUCACAGCUGCACGAGAAAAUGAUCGACACCACACAAAAGUUGAAACUAGCGGAUCUACAGAUCGAGAAGCUAAAACGAUCGAAGCAGUUUGCCGAGCUGACAAUGAAGGAGAUAACCUCCUACCCGAAGGACACGAAGACAUAUGAAUCGGUGGGCCGUAUGUUCCUCCUGGAUGACAUGGACAGUAUAAAAACCGGCCUAGAUAAACGCAUGAAAAACGCCGACGAGAAGGUGAAAACAUUAGAGAACAACAAGACGUACUUGCAGCAGAACUUGAAGGAAUGUGAGAACAAUAUCAGAGAAAUGAUUCAACAAAGACAGAACAAAGACACGUCCGGCUAGACCUUGUAGUCAUUUCCCUGUCGAAAUUGUCUUCUUUUCUGUGUUUCUUUCAUUGCAAUUCAUUCUAUUACUGUGUUCUUGAACUCACGCUACACUUAAUUCACAAUUCCAUCAAUCCUCAAUGUGAAUGAAACAACCAAUUGUGAAUGAAAUGUAUGAACGCAAUGCGUAUUGUUUCAUUGUAUUUAGACAAACUCCACCACGGCAUUUUGUAAUGAUUAUUUAUUGUCUGCGCGUUAAUCAAUAAAACUUUUUAUUACAACUCUUCGGCGCAUUGGAAUUGAGUACGCAACUAGCAAUCAGGUUUCUAGUUAUUAAUUUAUUCCAGCAGAAUUGAUACAUACAACAAACGAUUUUUCUUACUUUAAAUUCAUCUUGUGCUCAUUCAUUCCUCUCAUUCUUUUCAACACUUUCAUCCGGAAAAUUCCUUAGCUAAACCCUAAAUUACCCUAGAAAACAAAAAAAAAAAAAAAACAAAAAAAAANAAAAAAAAAAAAAAAAAAAAGAAAGGAAUU